AUGGUCAGUGCCAAGAGGCUCGCCCAACUGGCAAAGAAGUGGCAGCGGAUGGCGUCCAUGGGGAGGAAGAGGAUCACACAGACUACAACGGCGAAAAGAGUCGCCAAGGAGAGCUGCGCGACGACCUCAGUAGCGGUGAAGGGACACUGUGUGGUGUACACCUCUGAAGGGGAAAGGUUCGAGGUGCCAGUGUCAUACCUAGGCACCGCGGUCUUCGGCGAGCUCCUGAGGAUGUCUCAGGAGGAGUUCGGGUUCGGGGGCGGUGACGAUGGCCGCAUCACUCUGCCCUCUGAAGCCACGGUCAUGGAAUAUGCCAUGUGCUUGCUCAGGAGAGAUGCCUCUAGGGAAGUAGUGAAGGCAUUCCUAAGCUCCAUUGCAUGGCCGUGCAGCUUUGAUGGCGGUGUGGUGGCACCAUGCAUAGGGCUUAACCUGCAUGUGGCGGUUUGUUAA